AUGACCUUGAGCAUGGAGGGUCAUGGUGGCAGCGUAGUGGAGGGGCCUCAGGGUGCCAAUGUAAUGGUUGAGUGCCACGACCAUCAGGUGGAGGAUCUGGACCAGUAUACUGCCCAUCCUCACUGCCUCUAUGGACAGCUUGAGGCAGACGCUCAGGUGGACCUUGUGCACCACAGCCAGGGAGAACAAGAGGAGACUCACAUACAGCCAGGGAGAACAAAGGGAGAUUCACUCACCUACAGCCAGGGAGAACAAGUGAGACUUACCUACAGCCAGGAGAACAAAGGGAACUCACUACCUGCAGCGGGGAAGAAAGGGAGACUCACCUACAGCCAGGGAGAACAAAGGGAGAUUCAUUCACCUACAGCCAGGAGAACAAAGGGAGACUCACCUACAGCCAGGAGAACAAGAGUGAGACUCACCUACAGCCAGGGAGAACAGAGGAGAUUCACCUACAGCCAGGGAGAACAAGGAGUUCACCUCAGCCAGGAGGAAGAGGAGACUCACCUACAGCCAGGGAGAACAAGAGGACUCACCUACAGCCAGGAGAACAAGAGGAGACUUACCUACAGCCAGGAGAACAAGAGGGGCUCACUACCUACAGCCGGGAGAAGAAAGGGAGCUCACCUGGGGGAGAACAAAGGAGAUUCAUUCACCUACAGCCGGGAGAACAAAGGGGCUCACCUACAGCCAGGAGAACAAGGGGACUCACCUACAGCCAGGGAGAACAAGGGGAGAUUCACCUACAGCCAGGGAGAACAAGAGGAGAUUCACCUACAGCCAGGAGAACAAGAGGAACUCACCUACAGCCAGGGAGAACAGAGGGGCUCACCUACAGCCAGGAGAACAAGGGAGACUCACCUACAGCCAGGGGGGGAGGAGACUCACCUACAGCCAGGAGAACAAGAGGGAGACUCACCUACAGCCAGGGAGGAAAGGAGGAGACUCACCUACAGCCAGGAGAACAGGGGAGACUCACCUACAGCCAGGGAGAACAAAGGAGAUUCUCACAAACCAGGGAGAACAAGAGAGACUCACCGGCCAGGAGAACAAGGAGACUCACCUAAGCCAGGAGAGAACAAGAGGAGAUUCACCUACAGCCAGGAGAACAAGAGGGAGACUCACCUAGCCAGGGAGAACAAGGAGACUCACCUACACCAGGAGAACAAGGAGACUCACCUACAGCCAGGGGAGAACAAGAGGGAGACUCACCUACAGCCAGGGAGAACAAGAGGGAGACUCACCCACCAACACCACAGCCAGGAGAACAAGAGGAGACUCACCCAGCCAGGAGAACAAGGGAGACUCACCUACAGCCAGGGAGAACAAGAGGAGAUUCACACCAGCCAGGAGGAGAACAAGAGGAGACUCACCUACAGCCGGGGAGAACAAGAGGCUCACCUACAGCCAGGAGAACAAGGAACCCCAAAACCACACCAAAACAAGGAGACUCACUGGCCAGGGAGAACACUCACCUACAGCCAGGGAACAGGGAGAUUACCUACAGCCAGGGAGAACAUGAGGAGACUCACCUACAGCCAGGAGAACAAGGGAAUACCUACAGCAGGAGAACAAGGAGACCACCCCCAAAACAAAACACCACACCAAAACCCACAGCCAGGGAGAACAAGAGGAACCCACCUCAGCCAGGAGAACAAGGGAGACACCUACAACCAGGAACAAAAGGAGACUCACCUACAGCCAGGAGAACAAGAGACCUAA